AAAAAAGAAAAAAAAAACAGAAAAAAGAAAAAGAGGAAAUAAAGGAAAAAAAGCUGUCAUCCAACAGACCACAUAACCCACCUUUCUUCCCCAAAACCCACGAGACCAUCACCCACCUUUCUUCCCAAAACCCAAUCCAUGUCUGCACCAAAAAAAUCUCAAACAAUAAUUUAAAAAAAUUCCAAAUUUUUUCGACGACCACCACUCCUCCUCCUUCCAAGGAUAUAGCUUCAUCCGCGAGCCAGGUAACAUUCUCCGGCGAAAAAAUAACAGCACAAUCGAUCUCCGAUAAUUGGUGCACUACAUCUCCUCGGCGGCCAAGAUUCAGUUAAAUAAAAUGUCUUCAAAUCCUAUUUUGCUCAUAGAUCCAUAGAAGAUGGGGAUGGGGUUAGGAUCUUUGACGUCGGAGGAGCAGCGGCGGAGAUGGUGAUUUCUUAAAAAGAAAAAUUGGUCGAACACUCGGUCGGCAAACGAAGGAGGAAAUGGGGCAAGUAAUGGCGGCGGCGGGUUGGAAAUAGUUUAGAGGUGGAAAUGAUGAUUUGCCGGGGUGGGGUUGAUGGUCGGUGGUUGCGAGAGAGUGGAAAAAACCAAUUGGGUUAUGCACGAAUAUCGAUUGGAGGGCAAGCAUUCUUUGCAAAAUCUCCCCAAAACUGCUAAUAAUGAAUGGGUGAUAUGCAGAAUAUUUAAGAAGAGUAGUGAUGGGAAAAUAGUGCCUAUAUCAGGGUUUGCAAGGAAUAGAAACUGCGGGGUCGAUUCAGAGGCGGCGUCCGAUUUGCCUCAGCUGAUGGAUUUUUCGUCUGACGAAAAUCAUACAAGAACCACUUGUGCACGUGCUGCUGAGGGAUCUCACGUGACCUGCUUCUCCAAUCCGAUGGAGGACCCACGAGAUAUAACACCGUUCGAUGACUUCAGUUCUUCAUCUUCUUCGAGAAACUUCCGUUUCUCGCCUUUUCCGUUUGUUCUACCUCAGAAUUCUGUUUCCUCGAUAGCAAAAGCUUUUCUAAUUCGAAGCGAAACGGUGAUGGGGAAUUCUCGCAGGAUAUGUGUUCCGCUAUGUCGUCGUACAACGAAGUGGGAUAUUUGCCUUAUGAAGAUCAAGAAUUCCCGAUUAUUUCGACUGCACAAGUUGACCUCGAUUGCUUGUGGAAUUACUGAAUUUAUAUUAAUUAUAAAAAGUGUCGAAUGUUUUCUUUUAGUAAAUGCAGAUUGUAUGUUUCUGUAUAGGUUUUCGUUUAUGUACUCGUUUACGUAUGUCCGAUAUUUCGACGAAGAACUGUCGAAGUUUGCAAUUAAAGAUUCUUGCUAAAUCUAUGGAAUCAACUUUUUUAAAUUUUAA